GUGGUUUCGCCAAGACCAUCACCAGCUGCGCGCCCUUGCAGAAGCAGACGACCGCAUAUACAGAGCAGGGGAAUGCCUGAUUAUCCAGCACGUUGUGGAGAGUGACGCUGGGCGGUGGGUAUGUGUGGCCAACAACACCGCAGGGGUGGAACGCAUGGACGUCGUCCUACACGUCACGUCGCCUCUAAACGUUGUCAUACAACCGUCGGGGCAGCUCACCGUGGAUGUAGGAGGCAAAGCAACACUCACUUGCCACGUCAGUGGGUCCUCCCCUCACCUUCCUGCCACGCGAACCUGGCUGAAGGAUGGACACGUCGUUGGUCCUGGAGGGGAGGCUCUCGUCCUCGAGAAGGUGCAGAGGGAGGACGCUGGCAUGUACCAGUGUCUGGUACGCAGUGAGGACGACAGCGCGCAGAGCUCUGUGCAGCUGCGAUUGGGAGCUGCACAUCCUCAACUUCUGUACAAGUUCAUCUACCAGACGAUGCAGCCAGGACCUCCCGUGUCUCUCAAAUGCAUCGCGACUGGCAACCCAACGCCUCAUAUCACGUGGCAUCUGGACGGCUUCCCGCUGCCGCAAAGCGACAGGUUUGUUAUUGGUCAGUAUGUAACUCUUCAUGGUGACGUCAUCAGUCAUGUAAACAUCAGCAACGUUCAGGUUGAAGACGGCGGGAUCUACCGGUGCACAGCGACCAAUCGCGUAGGAGAGGUCAGCCACUCCGCGGAUAUGCGAGUCUAUG